GAUGGUUGCAUAAGGUUGCCGGAAGAACAAUUCGGGCUUAGACCUCAUAUACCAAUUUUGCACACAGCAUGCUCCUUUUAUCCACGUUGUGUGCGACCGCCAUGGCGUUUUCGUGAUGCAGUGGUUUACGUUAAUCGCUGCCUUUCGUGAAUUUGGUGGAAGAGCAGUGCGGACGCCUUUGGCCUGCCCUUGGAAGCUAAAUACGACCAAGCAGCUUGCGAGCCGUCAAUUUGCGUAUCAACAUACAUGCUGCCUGCACACCGAAGAAGCGGGGGCUGUCAAGCUCAAACUGCAUAACCUGCGGAAACAGAAUGUGUUUCUUGUCGGUCAGAAAACCAGACAAUACAGUACAGGAAGUGAUAAGGAACCGAAUACUCGCAGUCAUCCGGGCAUCACUGUGGUGGGAAUACCGGAUCCAGUCUCGUGGAUCAGAAAUAAAUGUGUAUUGUUUUUGAUUGAACUUUAUUUUGGCCUUAGUGUUUCAUCUGCGGAAUUCGACAAUGGCGCUAAGCAGGCAGUGGUCUACAUCUCCAAUCUUAUGUCCCUUGGCAAGUUUGAAGAUCUGAGAAGCGUGGUGUCAAACGAGGCCUUAGAUCAUGCCAAGAUGAGGUACAAAGCUCUCACAGAAUCCCAAAGAAGAAAUCUUGCCAUUGGACUGGAUGAUAUCAUUUUUCUAAUUCCAGAAGAUGUAUCACUUUUCUUUGACAGCAGAGGCAGAAAGUUCUGCUACAUCCUGAUGAGAUUCUGGUACCUAUCGAGUGCAGACUUGCCAGAGGACCCAGAAAGCACACGGAUAUUCAAGGUGGCUGAGACAGAGGGAGAGGACCCCCCGAAGAAGAUUGUUACAGCGGUCUAUGAGUUCCACCGGGAGCUGACGGACGGAGCCGAACCAGAAUGGACCGUGACCAGUAUAUGGCACUGGAAACACCUGGAGUGAAUGGGAAUGAUGUUGAAGUGUUGCUCGCCUUUCCUUUGGAAAAGCGCUUUGAAAGAGACAUGUGCCUACCUGCAGCUGCAGAAAACCCAAGAUUCAUUCCAUUCACCACAACUGAGCAGAAAAUGGUCAAUGCAGCAGAACCAAACUAAUUCACUUGAAUUCCUAAAGUCCUGAUGACCACAGGCAAAAGAUAUUCAGACCACAGAACCAGAUAGAAUACUCAUUCUGAUUCAGAGAAACAGUUUUUCGUUUUACA